CUUUUCCAGCUCUGGAGACUUUACACUUUUGGGAUAUGCCGGAAUGGGAGGAUUGGUCUCCUUUUGAAGUUGACGAGGAAGUUCAAGCAUUUGCUCACCUCUCAGAGCUCUCCAUUCAACGUUGUCCCAAGCUUUUGGGUAAAUUGCCCAGCAGUCUUCCUUGCUUAAGAAAACUUGAGAUUCAGAAUUGCCCACAGUUGGUGGUUGAAUGGCUUCCGAGCCCUACAAUGCUCCACCAAAAGAGGAAUACCCUCCACUUCAGUUCAGUCACCUCCUUAUCUCUCAGUGAUGUUUCAAUUUUGGACUCUAUUCCUAAUCAAGAGGUAGGCGAUGAAGUAUUAGCAACUGCAGCGUGUAAACAUUUGAGCUCAGUGACUGAUAUGAGAAUUGAAAAUAUUCAGAAACUCACAUGCCUGCCUAGAUGGUUCUUUCAUGGGUUUACGGGACUCCAAGAAUUGAGGAUAAGUAAUUGUGAAGAACUCACAACAUUGUGGCAGAAUGAGGUCAGGCUACAGCACAAACGCCCUGCCGCUGCCUUGCAACAUUUGGAGAUUGAAAACUGCCCCCAACUUAUUUCCUUGUUCGAAGAAGAAGAAGAAGAUAGUCCACAGUUGCAGCGACAGCAGCAGGAGCAAGAGGGGUUGCCUUACUUAAUGGGGCUUAAGUAUCUAGGAAUUGAUAAUUGUGAAAAGCUGGAGAAGCUGCCAGGGGAACUGCAUGCCCUGAAAUGUCUUCAGAAAAUGAAGGUUCAAAAUUGUCCAUCGCUCACCUACUUAUCGUCCAGAGGUGGGCUACGUUCUGCACUUGAACAACUUGAUAUUGCUCAUCUAUCGAAGAUGGAGUCACUACAAGCGGAGGAGGGUAUGAAAUUUAGUUGUCCAUCUCUUCAAUCGAUUCGAAUUAAUACUUGUAAGAACCUCAAAUCCUUGCACGAUGCCAUGCAUAGCAGCAACAAUAAUGACUUCAAAAAUCUCAGCCUAGUGAAGAUAGUACAUUGUGAAAACAUGGAGUCCCUACGGUUUGCCACAUCGAAUCUGAGAGACUUGCUUAUCUUGAACUGUGAAAAGCUCGAGGCCCUACCAUACAACCUCAGUUCUCUUCAAGAGCUGGAACUAUGGUACUGCCCUGCAGGAAUUGUCUCCAACUGGAGUUCUCUCACGAACCUCCGUUCACUUUCCAUCAACACGAUCAUGAUCAGUAGGAAUUGCUUCGGUAAGCCUCCAUCAGAGUGGAGUUUGCAGAGAUUACCCUCUCUUAGAACACUCUGUCUUGUUGGUUCAGAAGAUUACCGUUGGAAGUCCAUUUCAGAAGAUGGAAUGUUAUUGCCCACCUCUCUGACCUACCUGUCCAUCCUGUCAUUUCCAAAUCUAGAGAAGCUAUCUUUCAAGGACUUUCAAGACCUCACCUCUCUUGAAACACUUCGCAUCACCAAUUGCUGUAAACUCACUUCUUUGCCAAAGGAAGGGUUGCCUCCCUCGCUUUUGCAUCUCUGGAUCAACGAUUGCCCUAAAUUUGCAUCGUUUCCGAAGCAAGGGUUGCCUCCCCUGCUUUUGUGGUUGGAGAUCAAAGGAUGUCCGAUACUAAAACGACGGUGUCAAAAGGGGAAAGGCCGAUAUUGGCGCUUGAUUUCUCACAUUCCUCGUGUCGACAUAGAUGAUAAAUUCAUCUUUGACCCAAGCUGCUGCUAAAAAACCAAGUCAGAAAUUAAAAAGAGAAACAGUGAAGAAGGGCCACUUCUUCCCUCUGACUGCAACCUGUCUGUCAACAUUUUCGAAACAUCAUCUCGCAAUGCAAAUUCCAAGGUAAUUGCAAUCACAUCACAUGCAUAGUGAUCGAAACCCAUACUGCUUUCCUUUUUGUUUUUCUUGUUUGAUUAGCCCCUCUCUUUUGUGUUUUAAAAUAUACUUACUAUCUGCAACGUGGUAUGUAAAGAGUAAAUCCUUCACAUCAACUUACCUGCCUAUAUGUAAUUAGAGAUUUCUAGAAUUGUUGGGAAAAUUUUCAUGAUCACGGUAGACUUUUGACUUUCAAAUUUGAGUUUUUAAGUUUAAGCUAAUCCAAUUCAAUUCAGGUGUAUAUUGAGGUUCGCUUUUGGAUUUUUUUUUUUUUUUAAUGAGGUGAAAAAGAUUACUAAUAUUGGAAUACAAUAACAAGUCUAGAAAGUCUUUCUAAUUUACUCAAAAAUUUACCAACUCCCCAAUUAUGUUAAGACUAGGUGAUUGUAUAUAUACAUGUCAGUUGUAA